GCUACGUGGUUGUCAGCGGGCUUCUCCCCCAAGAGCCAGACGCCUGCCCGACCACUGCAGCUACGUAGCUUUUAGCUAGCUAGCUAUAAUGGCAGUAUCCACGCGUCCAGAACUACUGGAUCUGUUCACAGGUCUCUCGGGGCUCUCUUGGGAGAAGCAAAAGACAGUAAUGCUCCGUCUGGGUGUCCCGCAGCACAGCAUCGACGACAUCGAAGCGAAGCACCCGACGAGCGACGACACACGUAGGAUGGACGCCCUGGAGUGUUGGCUCAAAACGGACGCCAGUGCUACGUGGCAGAAGCUCAUGACGGCGCUCCGAGACUGCGGUCUGGUCAUCUUAUCCCAGAUAAUCGAGGGGCAAUACGCGGGAGUGAAGUGGAAAAGUUUUACUGGAGGCGCCACAACAAAACCAAUUCCGGUUUCUCCUUCAGCGCCACUGCCUAACCUAACUGACAAACCUACACUGGCCCAACUAUGGAACUAAAGAUACCUGGAGACAAAGAUAUGUGCAUAAUCAAAGAACUUGCUGGAAAAUGGGAUGAUGUCGCCAUUUCGAUGGAUUUCGACUCUGACGGACACACACAGACAGCGAUCAACAAAGAUUUUGGAUCUGUUCAGGAGAAGUGUAGAGAAACUUUCAAGAAGUGGCUGCAGGGCCAAGGCAGCAGACAGCCAGCCACGUGGGAGAUACUGGUGGAGAUACUGAGGGACUGUGACUUUGAAAAUCUGGCUACUAGCAUAG